GCCCAUCCUGGAUUUUCCUGCCAUGGAACUUUAGAGAAGGGCUGAUUUUUUCCAUGCCUUGUUUUUAUCUACCUCAGCAUUUCCUAUUCUUCAGUUUCCUUCUUCUGAAAGGAGUGCUGGUAAUGGCAAAGGCUGCAGAGCUCCUAAAACCAGACACCAGGAUUUCCCAUUUCUAACCCUCAGCUGAUCUGCCUGCAAGGAAGAGGGGAAAUGCCAUGGGUUCCAGAUUUAAGGGAAAUUCAGGAUGAAGAAGACCAAAGCACUUGACCGACUGUACGUUGUGAGACCCUUCGGUUCAACAUCAUGAGCCUCAGCUACUUCCUGACUGCUAUCCAUUCCAUCUAUUGAGGUUUCUUUUUCUGCAGAGAGAGAGAGAGAGAGAAAAAAAAAGGGAGGCUGGAUGACUUAAUGGGAGGAGAAAGAGAUGAACAAAGAUUAUGUGGAGAAGAGCAACUGAUGUGUCAAAUGCUAUCGCCCAGGUUUGGAAUGUCAAGGAAAGGCAGAGGAAGGUGGCAGGCCUUUUUGUGUUUGGGCUUACUUCCUUGUGAGGUGGGACAUGCCAGCACACUCUGGGAUGGAAGUUAUGACUGACAUACAGAAAGCUGUGCUACUUAAUGCAUACAACUUGAUGUGUUUGGAGGAGGGAUUGCUGAUUUCCACCUUGUUUUAUAUGUUGGAGCUGAAACCAGAAGUCUCAUUUGUGACCAUUUUUGAAACCCAGCACAGUCAUUAUAAACCGAUGAUUUGCAAAUAUCACGCGCUGAGAAAACUUAUCCCAAAGACUGCAAGCAGACGUGCAUCUCAUUGAUAUGGGGGAAUAUCGACGGGAGAAUGCCCAUUCCUAAACCAGUCACUGGAAGGGUAAUGAGAUUACUAUGACCUGGGGCCCAGGUAUGGAUCGGAAAUUCACAUCGUGGACCCGGCAGCAGCGGCCCCCAGAAUGGUGGAGCACACGGUUUGGUUUGGCGCCAGACGGAACUAGGUUGGCUCGCUCCCUUUAAGACGCGAGUCACGUGGCAACCACCCGACCAAUCAGGUGAAGAUCCGACCAGGACACGCCCAUCCUCACUCCUCCCCCUCGGAGCUCUACCCAGGCGGCGUCUUUGGCCACGCUCUCGCGUCUCGGAGAGAGAAUCUGGAGUUAUGUCCACUCCGUCGUCCGACCAGAAGGCGCAGAUGCAAGAGCAGGGUGAGGUGCCCACAGGGCCGAAGAACGAGGUUGCCCCUGCCCCCGGCAACGCCCGUGGGGCCGGGAACCCCGAUCCCAGUGCCUUGGUCCCCUCGGUCUCAAGCGGCCUUUCUCCCUCGGGUGGUGGCGCCCCACACAGUGGCACGGCAGGUUCCUCUGCCUUUGCCCUGGCUGCCGCCGGCGCCAUUUUGAUCAAUGGCGAGGGCCCGGAGCUGCCCUCCAUGGGCUGUGUGCCGGAGAGAGAGCGUGCUGACCUCCAGGGCGGCUGCAGUCCCCACGCCGAGCUGAGAUGGCUGGUGCCCGGGGCGGGCCUAGGUCUCCAGGCCUCACACGCGGGCGGCGUGGCCGCCAUGGUGCAAGCCAUGAGGGGAGUUGGUCAGGCCAGCGGGCUUCCGACCCUGACCGCGAGACCGGGAAAGGGCCGUGGGAGGAAGCAGCCCGGCCGCGAGGAGGCUGCCCAGGCUCAGAAGCCCCCAGGGCGGCGCUAUCCGUUUCCUGCGCUUCCUACAGCUCAGUGCCCCGUGCCCUUGCCGCCAUCUUCUCCGGGGUCUCAGCCCAGCGGCCGCCGCCGUUCUCGGGCUUCUCGGUCGGGUCACGCAUCCCAGCCAGGCCCAGUCCUCCGCAGUCAGGCCCGGGCACCAGGCCCAGUCCUCCGCAGUCAGGCCCGGGCACCAGGCCCAGGACUCCGCAGUCAGGCCCGUGCACCAGGCCCAGUCCUCCGCAGUCAGGCCCGGGCACCAGGCCCAGGACUCCGCAGUCAGGCCCGGGCACCAGGCCCAGUCCUCCGCAGUCAGGCCCGUGCACCAGGCCCAGGACUCCGCAGUCAGGCCCGGGCACCAGGCCCAGGACUCCGCAGUCAGGCCCGGGCACCAGGCCCAGUCCUCCGCAGUCAGGCCCGUGCACCAGGCCCAGUCCUCCGCAGUCAGGCCCGGGCACCAGGCCCAGGACUCCGCAGUCAAGCGGCCAGGCCAGGCCCUGCCCUUAAUGGGCACGCCACCCCGCCAGGCAUUGAUGACCUCAGCCGUGAAUCUGAGCCAGGCUCUGCUCGCCGCCGCCGCCAUGCACCUGAACCAGGUCCUGUUCGUCGUCGCCGCCGCGCCGACCGCCGCCGCCGCCGCCGCCGCCGCGGCGCCCGCGGCGCCCGCGGCCGCGGCCACCGCUCAUCUGAGCCAGGCCCUGCCCCGCGAAGCUGCACCACUCCGCCAGGCCCGGCCCCUUCUAGCUACACCACCCUGCCACGCCCUCUCGGCAGGCAAGUGGCGGUGCCGGGCCCUGCUCUCCGCAGCCAAGCGUCCGAGUCGGGCCCAACACUUCGCAGCAGUGCAUCCGCACAAGGCCCUGCGCGCCGCCGCCGCCGUCGUACCACCCCACCAGGUCCUGCUCUUCGUAAUUCCACAACUAGGCCUAGCCAGGCCCUCCGCCGCCCCGCCACCCCACCGGGUCGGGCUCUCAGCAGUCCUGCGUCCCACCCAGCUUCUCUUCGCCGCAGCGGUGCAUCCUGUCGAGGCCCUGUUCUCCACGACGGCGCUACUGGGCCAAGCCUUGCUCUCGAAAUCCACGCCUCCCCUCCAGGCCCUACUCUCCGCAGCAGCCUCGCAGCCAGUCCAGGCCCUGUUCUCCGGAGCCACGCCUCCACACUAGGCCCUGUCCUCCGGAGCCAUGUUACCCAGCAAAGAUCAGCAGCUCACAGCCUUCCUUCUCCACCAGGGCUGGCCGCCCAGAGCCCUUCUCCCCCUGGGUUUGCCUUAAGAAGGCUGGUCUUCUGGAGCAGCUCAGAUUCACCUGAUCCUGCGGUCCUGUUCUUUGCCUCCCAGCCUGGUCCUGCCAUCCACGCGAGUUCCUCCUCACCAUCCUCUCUUGGCGCGUUCUCUUCUUUCUUACCUAGGCGAUAUAGUGAGAGCUUCUCCUCCUCAUCCCCUGGGUCUCCUGGCCUGAACCCCUGCCCCUCCCCUGCUGGGUGUUCUGUCCUGACCUCCUCUUCGUCCUCCCCUUGGUUUUGUGGUCUGGGCUCCAUCUCCACCCCUAGCCCUGCUAGCAUUAGGCGUGCCUUGCUGCCAGCACUUGAUGCCCUGAGCCCUCUCUCUCCAGGAGAACAGGCUGAAAUAGGAAGCACACUGUACCCACCUAUACCUCCUAUGCUGUGACCCUCCUCAUAAGACCCAAAAAAGGAACCCGCAUCCACCCACUGUCCUAAAUGGGCUGCCUGCCCUGCAGUUAGGUGUGAGGUUUCCAAGUUUUGUGAGCCAGCAACCAAUGUCCUGAGUUUUGAAACUUCCUCUCCCCAAGACUCCACCACCCAACACUUACCUGCUGUUGGCCCUUGAUUCCAGGGCCCCUUCUCCCUCAAAAGGGCUAGCCUGCCUUUGCCCCUGAGUUGAGAUUCCCCUUUUCCAGUGUUGCCACUUAUACAAUUAAUUUUUGAUGAAUAAAAUUAAAAUGUUGACUUCAUUGUGUUUUAUUUUUUAAUGUACUGUGGGUUUUGAUCGAGGUACAAAGGUUUUUAAUUUUGUGU